AUGGAAAGGGACUUGAAUUCACCGUUUGAGGACUGGUCAAACAACAUCCACGCUGUCAUCACCUUCCUCCAACCCUUCUUUGACGACUGGCGCAGCUAUGCCUCCCUCGUCAGCGCCCUCCUCGGUGUCGGAGUCCUGAUCAUGGAGAAUCAGGUCCUCCUUCGCAUGCGCAUGGGUCGUUGGGAGAUCCUUGGCUACAUCCUUUGGUGUAUUAUCUCGUCGGUACUUGGACCUAUCUUUGACAUUAUUGUUAUGCUUGGCUUGUUGGCGUAUUGUCGUCAAAAGAGUAACCGUAUGCACAUCACCAACGAGUCCAUCGCAAAAGCAUUGAUGCCACCCCCAGUCGCCGGAAACUACAGGGUAAUGGGCGCCGUGUGCAUCACUGCAACGGUCCUCACACUCUGCUCGAACGUGUUGUACAUGCUGCGCGGAUGGGAAGAGCCGCUGCCCUUUUACGACUGGUCCUCAAAGGGAAUCCGAUGGAUGACCAGCCAGAUCUGGUAUGCGAUUGGCAUGAUCUUCCUGUUCCAUGUCGUGACGCGACCUGCCCAGAGCGGCGUCGUGCUCUUUGGCAAGUUCCCCAGAGACCUCUGGGCCUACAAGUGGUACCUGUGCGUGCUAUACAUCCCUAUCCACUUUACGCUGUUGAAGCUAUGCACCAUGUACAAGGACACCAAGCAUAUCCUGAUCCCUCUGGAGAUUGUCGUUGACAUUGUCCUCUACAACGGACCCUUCCUAAUUGUCCUGCAGAGAGUGUUGUAUUUGGCAUGGAAGGUUGCUUACGACGAGGCUGUGCUCACUGGUGCGAUCUGUGAGGACGACUCGGGAAUUAUCGACACCCCAGCCUUAACUCUUGACUCUUUCCUCUGGACAAGACGUUCGGAGGAUGACGACCACCAUCAGCAACGUACGAGACGGCCAGGAACACAUGGAUAUGUGGGGUUGUCGUUGACCGAUUUGGACGAGGCAGAGUUAGGGCAAAGCCGGAUCGUUGGUCGGGGAGGAAGCGGAAGGGGUUUCUCUCAGCAACAGCCGAUGUCCUCUGCUGGAGUAAGCUCGAGUAGCAGCAGUAGCAGCGGCAAGAACCACAUCGGUGGUGGAGGUGCUGUUGCCCCUGCUUAUGAAGCCCGGGACUCUUCUCAACAGCAACAGCAACAACCAAAGAUGUCUCCCAAGCCAGCGGCUUCUCCCAGGGGACCAUCACCCAGGUCGACACCCAGAUCCUCUCCACGGACUUCCCCAAGGACAUCGCCCAAGACUGGAAGCCCACUCCGCAAUGUGCUGUUCAGCAUGGAGUCCGCGGAUGAGGAUGACAGUGAUGACGAGGACGGCAGCUCCAAGGGCAAGAGUGAGCGCCAGUAG